GUUGUCUACAAAGACGCAUGUCUUGAAAAACCGUUCGAUACAUUAUUUUCGAAAAACGUAAAGAUGAACAUAACGGAAUCCCACCCCAUAUAUCCUUACACUGAUGAGGAGAAAAUGCAAAUACGAAAGGAGUUUGGGAUAAAAGACAACAUAUUAGAAGAAGAUAUUGAUUCGAUACUCGAAUGGUUUUAUAAACAGCCUCAUUUGGCUAAAGCACCUAUAAAUCGCGAAUUCGUUGAAAGGAUGUUCAUUUUUUCUAAGUGUUCCCGCGAGAGAACAAAGAAAAAAGUCGAUCACUUCUACAGGUGCAGAUCUCUAGCGCCUGAACUCAUUCAAACUAGAAAGAAAGUUCUGCUAGAACCUGACACUGAAUUGUGGACAUUUUACCGUCAAGCUGCUAUAUUGAAGCUGUUUAACGGAAAGCGGAUAUCCGUUUUUAAAAUAAACGACCCAGAUCCGAGCAGUUUCUCGAACGAAGAAGUAUAUAGGAAUACUAUUAUGUUAGGAGAUCUCCGCUUGCAAUUUGACUACGUGCUCGGUGACAUUUGGAUAUUGGAUCUAAAAAACGUCACGCUGGGACACUUAUUACGCGUCAACGCGACAUUGAUCCAGAAAUUUGUAAACAUUGUUCAGGACGGUAUUGGCAUCAAGCUUUUUGAAGUACACGUUUUAAACACGAAUUCGUUAACCCAACAUUUGAUGGCUCUAUUCAAACAAUUUAUCAAACCUAAAACAUUUGAACGAAUCAUGUUCCAUGACAACGAUGUUGAUCUCCUCAAAUACAUCCCAAAAACUCAUUUACCCAAAGAUUAUGGUGGUGAACAACCUUCACUAGAAGAAUUCAAAGAUAUGUACACCAAAGAAUUACGCGAAGAUAUCACCAGAAAUUAUCUUAUAGAAUGCUGUGAACAUAUUUCCAAUGAAGCAAUGAGACCUGGUGAUUUUAAAGAGGAAUAUUUAGUUGGGUCUUUUAAGAAAUUAGAUUUAGAUUAAUCUGUGUAAUAAUGAUAAUUACCUGGAAUAUUUCUAAAUUAAUUUGAUAACUAGUAAGUUACGCGGUUUCAAUGUUAUUCGCUUCUGCGGUUUGUAGCGUAAUGGUAAUUAUAAUCUUUAGC